CGUGAAACAACAUACGAUAACGAUACGACUGCUUGCCGGGGGCCUCCGAGGAUACCUACACACUGUGUAGGUGGUAGUCACUCGGUACCUACUUGACCUGCUCGACCAACCCGUACCCGACAUACACGGGUUGACAGUGUCACAAUGGCAUAUCAACAAGCCUUAUUACCUGAUUCCGACCACAGCGACAGCGACUCGGCGUUUUCGGAGGCGUUGGAGGACUCGUGGACGGCGUCGCUCUCCAGUUCGGUCCUCAACUACCGCUACGAAAAUGGCCGGCGGUACCACGCCUUCCGCGAAGGGCAGUACGUGUUGCCCAACGACGAGCCGGAGCAGGACCGGCUGGACAUGUUCCACCACAUCUUCAGGAUGAUCCUGGGCGGGCACCUGUACCGGGCGCCGUUGGUCCAGCCUCAGCGGGUGCUCGACCUCGGCUGCGGCACGGGGCUCUGGUGCGUCGAGGUGGGCGACGACCACCCGGAGUCGAUCGUGGUCGGGGUCGACCUUUCCCCGAUCCAGCCGACCCUCCUCCCCCCCAACGUCAAGUUCUACGUCGACGACAUCGAGUCCGACUGGACCUACCCGCCCAGCGAGCGGUUCGACUACAUCCACGGCCGGGCCAUGUGCGGCUGCGUGGCCGACUGGCCCGGGCUGUUCCGGCGGUCCCUGCACCACCUCCGACCGGGGGGUUGGCUGGAGAUGCAGGACUACCAGUGCCAGGUGCGGGGCGACGACGACACCAUCUCCGGGGCCGUCUACCUCCUCGACUGGGUCGAACAGAUCAACGAAGCCUCGAAAAGGUUCGGCAAGAUCCUCCAGUCCGCCGCCGGCAUGAAAGCCCACAUGGUCGACGCCGGCUUCGUCGACGUCCACGAGGAAGUCUACAAGGUCCCCAUCGGGACCUGGCCCAAGGAGAGGCGGUUCAAGGAACUCGGCAUGUACUACCGGGCCCAGUUCAUCGACGCCGUCGAGCCCUACACCCUCGCCCUCUACACCCGCGUCCUGGGUUACACCCCCGACGAGGCCAGGAUCAUCGUCGCCCGCGUCAAGAGGGACCUGGCGAACCCCAAGUACCACAUGUACGUGCACUUUCACUUUGUGUGGGGUCAGAAACCUCCGGAACAAGUGCCACCGCCACCAUCGAUUUCUGACGGAAGAUGACGAUGAAGACGGAGAAGAUGACGGCGACGACGACGACGAUGAUGGUGAUGAUCAUGCCGGCGAUAUGACAC